AUGUCAAAAGUUGGAGUUGAAGAUGAGGGGAUGGAAUCUAGGUACAGGUACAAAGUACGUACUACAUCGAACGGAAUGGAACUUAUUUUUCGAUGGUCAAAUAUUGGUGGCGCUAAAAUGGCUAUUAUCUUUAUACACCUACGUAGGUAA